CCGCUGCCGAGCGCAAGCCCACUCCGCCACCCAACAUGGCCGCUAUCGACGAGUUCACAAACACAUUCUCGGAACUCCUGAAGGUCGAGGCCGAUAAGGUCGAAGGAUGGGAAAGAGUCCACAAGUCAAUCGCGAGGUUUGGCUCAAGGACAUCGAGGACCUAAUUGCCAACCUGGAGAUGCUGUUUGAGUACAGCGAGGUCAACAUCGUCGCAUUCAAGAAAAUCAUCAAGAAAUUCCAAAAGUACAUUGAACACGGCAACGUCUCGAAUGUGUGGACAGUCAUCAAGGCCUAUCGCUUCUUUUCCAACUCGGAGCUGGAUCAGGUGCUGCUGGCAAAGGCCAAAAAGGAGCUCCGCAAAUCGGUCCCCGAAAUGGCUCUGACGCCAACCGAAGCCCUUCCCGUUGCCGACCAAGGCAAUGUUCCGACUGUCACCAAGCUCGACCUGGACGCCCUUCCGGGCGGACAAAUCUCCAAGCUGUGGCUGGCUGUAUACGAGGAUGGGACCGGAAGCCUGAUCCGAAUCCCGGUGAUUGUGGCCAAGGGCGUCAAGUACGGCCCCACGGUUGGCAUGACGGCCGCUUUGCACGGAAACGAGUUGAAUGGAAUCCCCCUGAUCCACAGGCUUUUCAGAGAAAUCAACCCGCAGCAACUUCACGGCGUCCUCGUCGCUGCCACGGUGACGAACGUUCCGGGCUAUGUGCGAAACCAACGAGGCUUCAGCGACGGCACCGACUUGAAUCGGAUCAUGCCCGGCAAGGCCAACGGAUCGUCGCCGCAGGUCUAUGCUUACAAUCUGAUGGAGCGCUUGAUCAAAAAGUUCGACUAUCUCCUUGAUAUCCACACGGCCUCGGCCGGCCGUGUCAACAGUCUCUACGCUCGAGCAGACAUGAUCAAUCCAAAGACAAAGAAGAUGGCUAUACUCCAGAAUCCGCAGAUCAUUGUCCACAACACUAGUCCAGAUGGCAGUCUCCGCGGAGCCGCCAUGUCCAACGAUAUUCCCGCCAUUACCGUCGAAAUUGGCGACCCUUCCAAGUUCCAGAAGCGCUUCGUCAAGAAUGCCCUUCUCGGAGUGACCAACAUCCUGUGCCAUCUUAACAUGAUUCCCAAUGAGGUGGAUCAACCAGAGUAUGAUCCGGUUGUCUGCAGUCGAUCGUAUUGGAUCUUUGCCAGCAAGGGCGGUGUUUUGACGGUGCAGCCCGAGAUUUACACGUGGGUUCGCAAGGGCGAGAUGAUUGCCCAGCUCCACUCGCUCUUUGGCGACCUCGUCGAAACGUACUAUGCUCCUGAAGACGGCGUUGUUGUCGGCAAAAGCGUCAAUCCAGUCUGCGAGUCUGGCAGCCGCAUCAUUCACCUUGGUGUUGUUGAGGAUAGCUUCGCCAAAGAGGCCCAUGACGGGCAUCUUUAGUGCAGAGCAAUGUUGGAGAUCUCGCUGCUGCUUGUGUCGAAAUAAAACGGCGAAUCUAUCACUCAUGCGGCACCGAGCCAGAUAGGUCUGGCAUCACGCUUCGGAUCACUGAACUGGCAGUCUACGCGAUCCGGACACCUCUCGAGUGCAAGACAGCCAUGGUGGCUAGUAUCACGGAUACGUAGAUGAGCAAUAUGAUAAACGCCAUCAC